GAGAGCAACGCUACGGACAUCUGGCGGUUAAUAAGAGCAGUCCUGAUAACUGUAACACCGCCAUAGCGUUUCUAGAGUUAAAGCAAGCUUCACUUCACCACCACCAGCACUAGCACCACCACAGGCAGUGCCAGCUCCCUCAGCAGGCAACUUGCAGCAAUGAACAACUACACCGAGUGUUACGUCUGCUCCAGCAUCUAUAGUAAAGAUGAGGACCACCGGCCAAGGAUCUUCCCUUGCGGCCACUCGUGUUGCACCUCCUGCGUCACCUCCCUACUUGACCAGGGCACCGAAGGACACCUUACUUGCCCCAAGUGUCGCAUUCAGCAUGCCGCCCCUAAUGCCACACCCUUCCCCUUCAACUAUGACAUGGAGGGUCUGAUUCAGCAAAUAAGCCAAGAAGAGCAGCAGGAUGACUCAGAGAUCACAGAGAACCAGGAGGAGGAAGCUGGUGAGCCUGGGAAGGCAGAGUUCAUUGCCCUGUGGGAGUCAGUGGUUGAUUUGCAUUUCAAGUUCAACACUGUGACAGCACAGAUUGAACAGGCCAAGUCAAAUACAUCACAGGCAAAGCACCAGUCUUUGAAGAACCAGCUGGGUGAGAUGAUGGCAGACAACAACGAGGCCAUUAGGAAGAAGGCAGAGGCCGAGGCCAAGUACCAGGGACUGCUGGACGAGAGCCACACCAUUGCAUCUCACCUGGCGGCCGUGGCGAAUCAGCUGGAGAACAGUGUGUCAGGCAGGGAAAAGAGAGCCAUCCUGAAUGUUGCAUACUCCCAGAUUCGGGAGAUGAAGAGGUGGAUGAAGAGGUCCGAGGAGACCGUUGCAAGCGAUACGACAGCUACCUUCUCCAACACGGUGCUGAUGUCCACACAAGGCAGAAUCAAGCACAUGGCAGAGAAUUUUGGAGAUGGCGAGGGUGGUGCUUGCGAUGGUGGCGGUGCAGGUGGUGAUGUGACCUCCAGUCAGGUGGCAGCUCUUCUGGAAAAGGUGCAGCACUCCCUGGAACAGCUGGUUACCUAUUCAUUCAUGCUGACAGCAGAGGACCUUCGCACCAUGAAUGUUGACGUGAGGGGCCUGCUGGAGGGACGUAAGGUGUUUGGACUCUACCAAGAAUUGGGAGUGCCACGCUGUGCCUACCUGACACUGGAGAAUGGCUGGCUGCACCUCUACCACCUGCGGUACCAUCCACCACCCUACGAGGCUCACACCGUCCAGGUGGCCCGCUACCUGUCCCCUACAUUCUCAUCUCGGCUGGUGUUCCUGGACCUGGCGUGGCAGGGUAAGGUGCAAGGCCGAGUGUACAUUCAUCUGAAAAUGCAUUUGCCCAUGGCCAGACAGUUUCUGAUGCUGUGCUCUGGGCAGCUGGGGCCUUCCUAUGCUGGCACCUCCCUGCUGGUCAUGUAUAGCCAGCGUUUAUGGUGGGAUUAUGUAGUGGGCGGGGAUUAUGACUUCAAUGAUGGCUCUGGUGGCGCCGCCCUCCUGCGUUACCUGGACACGAACGACAGCGAGCCCAUUGUUCCCGGCUCCGUGUGGGGGAGAUAUGUGUCCGAGAAUCGUCGUGCGGCACAGUUUGCCAUCAGCGUUGUCAGCAAGGACAGGAACGAGGACAUAUUUGGCAACGUAGACGAGGGCUUGGAUGUCCUGCGUGCUGCUUUGGUGGCAAUGGAUAAGUACACGGUGAAUGUUAAGGAGUGUGGGGUGGUGAUCAAACCUUAGGAAUGUCAUUGAUAGCUUGCAAAGUUAAUUAAAGUGUUUGUAUCAAGA